AUGUCGGAACCUCAGCGCGAUGUCUCCCAAUACAAGUACUCGGCCAUGUCCAACCUGGUUCUACAGGCGGACCGUCGUUUUGUCUCGCGACGAAAUGAUGAGGCUACCGGUGACCCAGAGUCCCUCGCAGGACGCCUGAGCAUCCGGGACAUGGGUGCGCGAGUCGGCCGUGACGACGCCCCGAAGCAAAAGAAGCAGCCUGGAAUGCCAGAUAUCCAAAGAGGCAGCAUGAAAGAAGGCCAGGACGUUCUUUUUCGUGAGCAGCAGAAACGAAAAGCCGACAACGCCAACCUCCGAGGCACUGGCGUCCUCGGCGCAAACGAGCCCUUGGUCGAGGGCAUCACCUAUCGACCUCGCACCCUCGCCACCCGCGCUACAUUUGACUUAAUACUUACCCUUGUCGCAACAACACUUGGCGAUGUACCACAUGAAGUCGUCCGAAGUGCGGCCGACGCUGUACUCGAAUACUUGAAAGACGAUGAUCUAAAGGACCUCGACAAGAAGAAGGAAAUCGACGAUAUCCUCGGCGCGACGAUGAACCCCAAGCAAUUCAACGAAUUGAUGAACCUUGGCAAGAAGAUCACAGACUACGAUGCCCAAGAUGACGAUGAGGAUGUUGCUAUGGGAGACGGCACCGGCGACGCUGAAAUCGACGAGCGUCAAGGUGUUGCUGUCGACUUUGAUGAUGAAGAUGAAGAUGACGAACUUGUUCCAGAGGUCCGUGACGAAUCAUCUGAUAGUGAAGAUGAAGGCGAGGAUGCUGGCGAGGAUGGACUAUCCAAACCCGACGCCGACGUCAAAGAUGACGACGAUCAGAUGGUUCUUGACGCUGGCCAAUUCAGCGACAAGACCGAAAAGCCAGAGAAGGGCGCCAUUGCAGCCAGAGAUAUCGAUGCCUUUUGGCUGCAAAGAGAGAUUGGCGCGUUCUAUCCCGACGCCCACGAACAGACCGACAAAACAAAAGAAGCCCUUCGCAUCCUAUCAGGAGAACCUGAUGAGACUGGUGGUGAAGAAAAGUCUUUGCGAGAAAUCGAGAAUGAUUUGAUGGAACUAUUUGACUUUGAACAUCACGAGCUUGUGCAAAAGCUUGUAGAAAAUAGAGAGAAGGUUUUCUGGCUCACCAAGCUAGCCAGAGCCGAGGACGCUGCAGCUCGCCAACAUGUUGAGCGGGAAAUCGCCUCCGAAGGGCUACAACGCAUCCUGAACGAGCUGCACGGCAAGUCUGGCAGCGAUGGGGAGCGCAAGGGUAUGAAGAUGGAUAUCGAUGUUCCUGCAUCGUUUACAGACAGUCAGCAAAAGGAAGAAGCCACCGACGGCCGUCUUGUCGGCGGCCUCCAGCCGAGGAAGCUCAUCAACCUUGACAAUCUUGUUUUUGAUCAAGGCAAUCAUCUGAUGACCAACCCCAAGGUCCGACUUCCCGAGGGCUCCACUAAGCGCUCAUUCAAGGGCUACGAAGAAAUUCAUGUGCCGCCUCCUAAGAAGCGCAAUGACCCCGAUGAUGUUCUCAUUCCAAUCACCGACAUGCCGGAGUGGUCGCGCCCUCCUUUUGGCACGACCAAGUCCUUGAACAAGAUCCAGUCCAAGUGCUUUCCUACAGCCUUUGGCGAUGACGGCAACAUGCUCAUUUGCGCACCGACAGGUUCCGGAAAGACAAACGUUGCCAUGUUGACGAUUCUCCGUGAGAUUGGAAAGAAUAGAAACCCUGACACAGGCGACAUUGAUCUUGACUCCUUCAAGAUUGUGUACAUCGCACCGCUCAAGGCCCUUGUUCAAGAACAAGUCGGUAACUUUGGCAAACGACUGGAGCCGUAUGGUAUCCGCGUUGCAGAGUUGACUGGUGAUCGUCAGCUUACCAAGGCUCAAAUUGCAGAGACUCAAAUCAUUGUCACUACUCCUGAGAAGUGGGACGUCAUCACACGAAAGGCGAACGAUCUUUCCUACACCAAUUUGGUGCGUCUCGUUAUCAUCGACGAGAUUCACUUGCUUCACGAUGACCGUGGUCCUGUUCUGGAGAGCAUUGUCAGCAGAACUAUUCGCAAGACGGAGCAGACUGGCGAACCAGUUCGUCUUGUCGGUUUGUCUGCUACACUUCCCAACUAUCGCGAUGUCGCCAGUUUCCUUCGUGUCGACAUGGAGUCUGGCCUCUUCCACUUUGAUGGAUCUUUCCGACCUUGCCCUCUGCGCCAGGAAUUCAUUGGCGUAACAGAUCGCAAGGCGAUCAAACAGCUCAAGACAAUGAACGAUGUCACCUAUAAUAAGGUUCUGGAACACGUGGGUCAGAAUAGAAACCAGAUGCUUAUCUUCGUGCACUCGCGAAAGGAGACAGCCAAGACUGCUCGCUACAUCAGAGACAAGGCCCUGGAGAUGGAGACUAUCAACCAAAUUCUCCGUCACGAUGCUGGCAGCCGUGAGGUGCUCCAGGAGGCUGCUGGUGAAGCUACGGAUCGGGAUCUGAAGGAUCUGCUGCCUCAUGGUUUCGGUAUACACCAUGCUGGUAUGAGCCGUGUCGACAGAACUGAUGUGGAAGACCUUUUUGCCCGAGGCGCCAUCCAGGUCCUAGUCUGCACCGCCACUCUUGCUUGGGGUGUCAACUUGCCCGCCCAUACCGUCAUCAUUAAAGGCACACAAGUGUAUUCUCCCGAGAAGGGUACUUGGGUCGAGCUGAGCCCACAGGACGUGCUGCAGAUGCUCGGUCGUGCGGGUCGACCCCAGUUCGACACCUACGGUGAAGGUAUCAUCAUCACCACACAAACCGAGAUUCAGUACUACCUUUCUCUACUCAACCAGCAACUGCCCAUUGAGAGUCAAUUUGUCAGCAAAUUGGUCGACAACCUCAACGCCGAAGUCGUCCUGGGCAACGUAAGAACACGUGACGAAGGUGUCGAGUGGCUCGGAUACACCUAUCUGUUCGUUCGUAUGCUGCGAUCUCCGGGUUUGUAUCAAGUGGGAGCCGAAUAUGAAGACGAUGUGGCCCUUGAGCAAAAGCGUGUAGAUCUCAUUCACGCUGCGGCCAUGGUCCUAAAGAAGACAAACUUGGCCAAGUACGAUGAAAAGACUGGGCGUUUCCAAUCAACUGAGCUUGGUCGCAUUGCCUCGCACUACUACAUUACUGCCAACUCUAUGGAAACGUACAACAACCUCAUCCAGCCUUCCAUUACUACCAUCGAACUGUUCCGCGUUUUCUCCUUGUCCGCCGAAUUCAAAUACAUCCCAGUCCGACAAGACGAGAAGCUAGAGCUUGCCAAGCUUCUCGGACGUGUGCCCAUCCCUGUCAAGGAGAGCAUCGAGGAACCCCAUUGCAAGAUCAACGUCCUGCUCCAAGCUUACAUUUCGCGUCUCUCGCUAGAUGGCCUGGCACUCAUGGCCGACAUGGUCUACAUUACCCAGAGUGCUGGUCGUAUCCUGAGAGCCGUCUUCGAAAUUGCGCUCAAGAAGGGCUGGGCCUCCGUGGCAAAGACUGCACUGGACCUUUGUAAGAUGGCUGAGAAGAGAAUGUGGCCUACCAUGACUCCUCUUCGACAAUUCCCUGCCUGCCCUCGCGACGUGAUUCAAAAGGCCGAGCGUAUCGAUGUUGCUUGGGAUAGCUACUUCGAUCUCGACCCUCCCCGCAUGGGUGAGCUUCUUGGAAUGCCCCGUGCUGGCCGCACUGUUUGCAACUUUGUCGCCAAGUUCCCCCGCGUCGACGUUCAGGCCCAGGUUCAGCCUAUGACCAGAUCGAUGCUCAAAGUCGAGCUUGCCAUCACGCCCAACUUCGAGUGGGAUGAUGCUGUGCACAGCGGUGCCGAGAGCUUCUGGAUCUUUGUCGAGGACUGUGAUGGUGAAGAUAUCCUCUUCCACGACACCUUCCUCCUGCGCAAAGACUACGCCGUCUCGGAGUCAAAUGAGCACAUUGUCGACUUCACUGUGCCCAUCACCGACCCCAUGCCGCCCAACUACUUCAUUUCAGUUAUUUCUGAUCGAUGGAUGCAUUCAGAGACGCGAAUUCCCGUGUCUUUCCAAAAGCUCAUCCUUCCCGAGAAGUUCCCUCCCCACACGGAGCUGCUUGACCUCCAGGCCUUGCCCGUCUCUGCGCUCAAGACCGCAAGCUACAUCAAACUGUACCCUGAGUGGAAGCAGUUCAAUAAGAUCCAAACGCAGGUCUUUAAUUCUCUGUACAAGACGGAGCAAAACGUUUUUGUCGGCGCUCCGACUGGCAGCGGCAAGACAGUAUGUGCAGAGUUCGCUUUGCUUCGCCACUGGGCUCAGGAGGACUCAGGCAGAGCUGUCUACAUUGCUCCAUUCCAGGAACUUGUUGAUGCCCGUCUGCAAGACUGGCAAAAGCGACUCGGCCACUUGGCUGGUGGCAAAGAAAUUGUCAAGCUUACUGGAGAGACUGCCACCGACCUCAAGAUGCUCGAGCAGGGUGACCUGAUUCUUGCCACACCCACUCAGUGGGAUGUUCUUUCGCGCCAGUGGAAGCGUCGAAAGAAUGUCCAGAAUGUCCAACUUUUCAUCGCGGAUGAUAUUCACCUGCUGGGUGGCUCUCAGGGCUAUAUUUACGAGAUUAUUGUGUCUCGCAUGCACUAUAUCAGAACUCAGACUGAGCUACCACUCCGAAUUGUUGCUUUGAGUGUCUCUCUUGCUAAUGCUCGUGACAUUGGCGAAUGGAUUGAUGCCAAAAAGCAUGAUAUCUAUAAUUUUAGCCCCCACGUGCGACCCGUUCCUCUGGAACUACACAUCCAAGCCUUUUCGAACCCUCACUUCCCCUCUCUUAUGCUUGCCAUGGCCAAGCCUACAUACAAUGCCAUCACGCAAAUGUCUGCGGACAAACCCGCCAUGAUCUUUGUUCCCAACAGAAAGCAAACGCGCAGCACCGCGCGUGAUUUGCUGGCUGCUUGCGUGGCAGACGAAGACGACGACAGAUUCCUCCAUGUUGACUCUGAGCAGAUGAAGCCCCUGCUGGAUCGUGUGCACGAAGAGGCACUAGCAGAGGCUUUGUCCCAUGGCAUUGGUUACUACCACGAGGCUUUGAGUCAAAACGACAAGCGCAUUGUGAAGCACCUCUUUGAUAAUGGCGCGAUCCAAGUCCUGGUUGCUUCUCGCGAGGUGUGCUGGGAAUUGACAAGCACCGCCCACCUUGUCAUCGUCAUGGGCACGCAAUAUUUUGAAGGCCGUGAACACCGUUAUGUUGACUAUCCUCUCAGCGAAGUGCUGCAAAUGUUUGGCAAGGCGCUGCGACCUUCCAAUGAUGGCCGUGGCCGCGGUGUUCUCAUGCUCCCACAGGUCAAGCGCGACUAUUACAAGAAGUUCCUCAGCGAAGCUCUACCUGUCGAGUCGCACCUGAACAACUACCUUCACGACGCGUUUGUGACAGAGAUUAGCACCAAGAUGAUUGAGUCUGGUGAAGACGCCAUCAACUGGACGACAUUUACCUACUUUUACCGCCGUUUGCUGGCCAAUCCCAGCUACUACGGUCUCACCAGCACCACUCAUGAGGGCCUCAGCAAUUACAUGUCAGAUCUUGUUGAAACGACUCUGCGCGAACUUGAAGAGUCCAAGAUUAUUGAAUUCGACGACGAGGAUGGCUCUAUUACGCCUCAGAAUGCCGCCAUGAUCGGUGCCUACUAUAAUAUCUCCUAUAUCACUAUGCAGACAUUCCUGCUGUCUUUGUCGGCGCGAACGAAACUCAAGGGAAUUCUCGAAAUUGUUACGUCGGCUACGGAGUUUGAGUCUAUCCAGGUCCGACGCCACGAGGACGGCCUGCUUCGCCGCAUCUAUGACCGCAUUCCCGUCAAGAUGGCGCAGCCUACCUUUGAUACUCCUCAUUUUAAGGCCUUUGUUCUUCUUCAGGCUCAUUUCUCCCGAAUGCAGCUGCCCAUUGACCUGGCCAAGGACCAAGAGGUUAUUCUGUCUCGCGUUCUCAGCCUACUUAGUGCCAUCGUUGAUAUCCUAUCGUCUGACGGUCAUCUGAAUACGAUGCAUGCGAUGGAAAUGUCACAGAUGGUUGUGCAGGCCAUGUGGGAUCGUGACAGUCCUCUCAAGCAGAUUCCUCACUUUGGAGCUGACGCAGUCAAGGCUGCCAAUGAGUUUGGUAUCAAGGAUAUCUUUGACUUCAUGGAAGCCAUGAACCCCGAAGAGAAUCCCGACUACAAAAAUCUCAUCAAGCGUCUUGGGCUGUCCCAGAAGCAGCUUGGCGAGGCUGCCAACUUCACCAACGAUAAUUACCCCGAUCUAGAGCUCGAGCACGAGGUCCUGGAGGAGGACGAGAUUCGCGCUGGCGAGCCGGCAUACCUCAGCGUCAAGGUUGUUAGAAACCUGGAGGAUGAUGGCGAAUACGAUUCGACUGUGCACGCACCGUUCUAUCCGCCAAAGAAGAUGGAGAAUUGGUGGCUGGUUGUCGGUGAUGACAAGACAAACAGUCUGCUCGCGAUCAAGCGAGUCACCAUUGGCCGUGAACUGGCUGUGCGCGUUGAAUAUACAGUGCCCACACCCGGCGACCACAAGCUGAAGCUGCUACUCAUGAGCGACAGCUACGUUGGUGUGGAUCAGGAACGGGAGUUUUCUAUCACUGCUGCUGAGGGCAUGGAUGUUGACUCGGACGAGGAAGACGAAGAUGACGAGUAA